AUGCCCGCGCUCAGCUCCACGAUGACGGAGGGCAAGAUCGUCGCGUGGUCCAAGAGCGAGGGCGAGACGGUGAGCAAGGGCGAGUCGGUGGUGGUGGUGGAGUCGGACAAGGCGGACAUGGACGUGGAGACGUUCUACGACGGCAUCAUCGCCACCAUCCUUGUCGGCGAGGGCGAGGUGGCACCUGUGGGUGCAGCCAUCGCCAUCCUGGCAGAGAGCGAGGACGACAUGGAGGCCGCCAAGAAGAAGGCCGCCAAGCUCGGCGGCGGUUCUGAUGGUGGUGCUGCUGCUGCUCCUGCUGCACCAGCUGCGGCUGCUGCUCCUGCGCCUGCUGCUGCCGCCCCCCCUCCCCCGCCCCCUGCACCUGCCGCGCCUGCUACCCCAGGGAAGGUGGUUGCAACGCCCGAGGCAAAGAAGCUGGCGAAGAAGCACAAGGUUGACCUGGCCAAGGUAGCAGGCUCCGGUCCCUACGGCCGGAUCACCCCUGACGACAUCAAGAAAGCAGCAGGCAUCGCGACCGCCCCUGCUCCCACCAUCAUCGCUCCUGCUCCCGCUGCCGCCGCUGCUGCUCCUGCCGCUCGUGCUGCUGCUGCGCCUGCAGCAGCAGCAGCAGCGCCGCUGCCAGCGGGGGCGUCAGUGGUGGCGUUCACGGCGAUGCAGGGGGCGGUGGCGAGGAACAUGGAGGCCACGCUCGUUGUGCCCACCUUCCGUGUUGGUUACACCGUUACCACCGACGCCCUUGACGCACUGUACAAGCGGGUGAAGGGCAAGGGAGUGACCAUGACGGCGCUGCUCGCCAAGGCAGUGGGCAUGGCGCUGGCGAGGCACCCCAUCGUGAACGCCGCGUGCAAGGACGGGAAGAGCUUCCACUACAACGAGAGUGUGAACGUGGCGGUGGCUGUGGCCAUGGAUGGCGGGCUCAUCACGCCCGUGCUCAAGAACGCAGACGAGACGGAUCUGUUCACGAUGUCAGGGCAGUGGAAAGAGCUGGUGGGCAAGACGGACCUGUUCACAAUGUCAGGGCAGUGGAAGGAGCUGGUGGGCAAGGCACGGAGGAAGGCCCUGAGCCCAGGCGACUACAGCGGAGGAACCUUCACACUGUCCAACCUGGGCAUGUUCGGCGUGGAUCGGUUUGACGCCAUCCUGCCCAUCGGCCAGGGUGCGAUCAUGGCCGUUGGAUCAUCCAUCCCAACAAUGGUGGCAGCAGAGGAUGGCAGCUUCGGCAUCAAGAGGCAGAUGCAGGCUCGCAGAGUCAACUGGGUGGAACCUUCCGUGCAGCUUCUCGUCUUCUCCUCCUCGUCCCUCUCCCCCUCCUCCUCCUCCCACUCCCUCUUCCUCUCUGCCGCCCAGCAAGCCGAUCUCCUAUUGGCUGUCGCCGUGAACAGUGCCGAGUCCGCCGCCCAGCUCGUCCCUAUCUUUUCAGCCGCCCCUGCCCGGAUGGCCUUUGACUGCCACGUGUCGCUCUCUGAGCUCACCUCGCUGGGCGGGCUGAACCCGGAAAAGCUGAACCUGCCCCAAAAGCUCGCAGCAAAAUGGGGAUGGUGGAAGGAGGGCGCGAAGGCCGUUCAGACGUACACCCUGGUGGAGUCCUGCUGGGAGCGCUGCAGUGCUGAUGACAUUUGGUUUGUCAUCCUCGCUCUCGUCGACGCGUACAUUGUCGACGCGUACAUUGUCGACGCGUACAUUGUCGACGCGUACAUUACGUACACCCUGGUAGAAUCCUGCUGGGAGCGUCGCAGUGCAGACGACAUUUGGUUUGUCAUCCUCGCUCUCGUCAACGCCUACAUUGUCGACGUGCCCGCUCUGCGCAACCUGCGGGCGGCAGACUCGUCCUCUCUGCAGUGCAUGGUCGGCAACUGCGGGCCCAUCAUCAUCGAGUGUUUCCUGGACGAGCAGUGCCGCACGGCUAUCAACUGCCUCAAUGAGUGCGGUCCCACGGACCAGUGCCGGACUGCUAUCAACUGCCUCAAUGAAUGCGGACCCACGGACCAGUGCCGCACGGCCAUCGACUGCCUCAAUGAAUGCGGUCCCACAGACCAGCUCUGCGGGCUGCUGAAGCACAACUGCCUUGGCAUGACAGCCGAUACCUUACUCACCUUCCCUUCUCCCGUGCUUUAUCCCCCUUCCCAACUCACCUUCCCUUCUCCCGUGCUUGAUCCCCCUUGCAGCCACCACCACCAGGUGUGCAGCUAUCGCUGCAUUGUCUCUUACGAGACCCCCAAGUUUGAAGCCUUCUCCCUCUGCGUCCUGCAGAAGCACAACUGCCUUGGUAUGACAGCUGAAAUCCGCGACCGCCCCACCGUGCUCCCCCUCACACACCUUCGCGGGCAGCCCGUCACGCACGAGCGGGCAGAAGAUAUUUUCGUCGGGUGGCUCGGACAGCUGCCCUGGAGCUGGCGGGUCGUGGCCGGGCAGAAUGCCGCUUACGACCAGUUCCCGUGCCAGUUUCAGAUAUUUUACCGAGGCAAGGCGCGAGGCUCGGUGUGGUACGACCCUGUUUUCACGAUCAACACUCUUGAUGGACGGUCGCUAUGGCGCCGCCGCCACUACCGCGUGCGACGCGGGAAGGUUCCCGGAACCUUCACCUUCACAGUGCUCGACAACGGGGUGAUCUCGGAGGAAUCCUGGCGAAUCGUGGACGUAACAGACGAUUUCCAGUGGGCGCUCUUUUACUACAGUGGCGCCGCACGGGCGGCAGGGCAGUCGUACACCGGGGCUGUGCUUGUGUCCAAGGAUGGUGAGUGGCCCGACCUGAGCAUGCGGUUCGGCUCAAGGCUGCACUGGAUCG